CAGAGAUGAGGCAGAGCGAGCAGCCGACAGAUUGCUUACUGCCUGGGACCCUGGGACUGGCUUGGGCUUACGUGCUGAACUCUGACCGUCUCCACAGGGGUCUGUCGAGUGCCUCUACCAAGAAGGAGUUGGGCUCGGUCUUGUUCUCCAUCCUGAGAGACGUCGAGGUCCGGUACGUGAGCUUGAAAGCCAAGCUGAGUGAGGGCGCCGCACUGUCAGAGCUGCCCCCGUUGUCCAUAGAGUCAACGCUGCUGUCCGCCUUCUCAGAGUUCGUCUCCAAGCUAAUGAAAGAAGACUCACAGAUCGUCUCAGGAGCAGAUUCUGAACGAGCUCACCAGGGCACACGAGAUGGCGGCGAUGCUGACUUUUCUCCGGGUCUGAGAAAGACCUUCUCUCGGAUCUCCCUGGCAGCUGACAGCUACGAACCCAGACAGCCGCCGCCACCCAAGGAAGGUGUUCUUGGGAACAUUGACGUCGACAUCGACUUGAGUCAGCUGCGACUGGGUGAGCAAGGCCAUAAGGCUGCCCCAGAAGUGAGUGAAGACUGGUUUGAUGCCAGAGAGAGCCUGACAGGGACUGACUUCCCGGGAGCCCAGCAGAGCGUCCUCGAGCCGGCCAGAGGGGAGCCGGAGCCGGAGCCGGAGCCCACACGAGGUUGGUUCUCCCGGGCCACAGGAAGCAGUGCCUGCUGCCCUCUGUGUGCCUCGGGGCUGGACCCUCUGCUCCCAGCACGCCCCAUCCUGCGCUGCCCCUCUGCUCCCAGCACGCCCCGUCCGCGCUGCCCCUCUGCUCCCAGCACGCCCCGUCCCGCGCUGCCCCUCUGCUCCCAGCACACCCCGUCCCGCGCUGACCCUCUGCUCCCAGCACACCCCGUCCCCACGCCCCGUCCCGCGCUGACCCUCUGCUCCCAGCACGCCCCGUCCGCGCUGACCCUCUGCUCCCAGCACGCCCCGUCCGCGCUGACCCUCUGCUCCCAGCACGCCCUGUCUGCGCUGCCCCUCUGCUCCCAGCACGCCCUGUCUGCGCUGCCCCUCUGCUCCCAGCACGCCCCGUCCCGUGCUGGUCCUCUGCUCCAGGCCAUGAGAAGGCUAGGUGACCGCCCUGGGGCUCUCGGCCUCGACGGCGGUGGCGGGUUGCUGUGCCGGCACUCGGAGGCGGGCGCAGGGGCGCCGGCGGGGGAGCCCGUCCGCGGAGACAGAGGCCACGCCACACACGCCAUACACGUCGGCGGGCUGGGCCCCACCAUCUCCGAGGCUGACUUACGAGCGCACUUCCAGAAGUACCAAGUCUGCACAGUGUCCAUCUGCGACUCUCCCGCUUACAGGUUCGCGACCCUGACCCUGAAGAGAAGCGGUGACGCCAGGGCAGCUGCGAGGGAGAUGAACGGGGCCUCCGUGGGCGGGCGGCCCGUGAACGUGCGGCUCCUGAAGAGCCCAGGGGAGCCGAACCCCGCGCCGCCCUGCGGGAAGGGGAGCCGCACCCACCCGCGCCAGCCGGAGGAGGGCCGAGGGCCCCGUGCCGCAGCUCCCCCUCCCGGGCCACCCAGGACGAGGCCACGAAGGCCAGCCGAGCCGGACCUUGAGCAGGGCCCCAAGAAGAGCUGCCGGCAGGUGCCGUCCGCUCAGCUGCUGCCGGAGUCGCCCGCUCACCACCUCCCCGCCAACACGCUGGACCUGCGCAGCUUCACCAGGAUCCUGAGGCGGCUGGCCGAGCUCCACCCGGGCGGAAGGCAUGAUAAGUGCCCUGCAGGCGGUGAGGCGGAGUCACAAGGGUUUUCUCCACGGCCUACCCAUCAACACCAUCGUGGACAUGACUUCCUCCGCCUUGAAGAACCCUGCUUCCGGUUAGGGCCGAGCGGCGCGGUGGAGGUAAGGGGCCUCUCCUCUGCGCUGACUGUCGUCGGAGCGUCAGGUCAGUCUGGGGAGUCGGCUCACCGGUUUGGUGCCGCCCAGGCGCAUGUGUGGCCCGGCCCGGGGCCUGGCACCGGCGGGCUGUGCUGCAGUCGGGAAAACGGGGAAAACGCCACCGUGUCUCUGCCUCAGUCAGGACGGAGAGAGCUGGCCGAACGCGGGCGCCUGGCUGACCUUAGCCGAGCGCUGCCCAGCACCCUCUCCUCUUCUCUCCUCGUGGUGCUGCCCCGCGGCCUUGACCGAAAGCUGCCAGGCUGUCCUGUCCUGUCCUGUCCUGAAGGGGGCCGCCCGCGGGUGUGGACGGGACUGGGCUCCAGGAAGCGAGGCCGACUCCCGCUGCUGCCCGGUGCCCCGAGGACCCUCAGCUCCACCGGCAACGCGCGGGUCUCUCCUGCCCCUUGGAUCCUGCGGGGUGGGGUUUGCACUGAGCAAGGCGGACCCUGCCUGGGCUCGUUCCGGCUCCUGGGCAGCCGUGGGGACUAUGGGGGUGGGCACGGCGGGCAGAGGGUCACCUCAGGAAUCCAGGAAGGGUCAAGUGGCAUCACGAUGUCCGUGACUAAAAAUAAAGGUGUUUUCUUCAAAACUACAGUAGGGCCGGAGACGCGGCAUGAGGGGUGA